AUGGAGCUUCUUCACUCUGCAACAUUUCCAAGUAAACAAAGGCUACUCAUUGUAGUGACCAUUGCCAUCACUCUAUUCACAUGUAUCCCUCAUGUCUAUUCUUUCGCGGAAGACCCUAACUUCCUCCUCAAGCAACAAGAACCUCCAAGCCAAACGAGCACCAUCCCCAAGCUCCAAAACGGCGACGUGACAACACAUGAGAACUGCGACAUAUUCUCGGGAGAGUGGGUGCCUAACCCCGAAGGACCUUACUACAGCAACACGACGUGCUAUGCGAUACCUGAGUACCAAAACUGCAUGAAGUAUGGAAGACCCGACACGGAUUUCAUGAAAUGGAAAUGGAGACCCGACGGGUGCGAAGAUGCCGUGCCGGUUUUUGACCCGUUGAGGUUUCUUGAGUUAAUGAGAGGGAAAACCAUGGCGAUUGUUGGUGACUCUGUUAGCAAUAACCACGUAAAUUCUUUGAUCUGCCUUCUCUCUCAGGUUGAAUAUCCGGUGGAUACUUCGGUUGUGCCUGGCUAUAAUUUCAAAAGAUGGACAUACAAGACAUACAACUUCACGAUCGCCACAUUUUGGUCAACAUUCUUGGUAAAGUCCAGACCCAACCCGACCCUGCCUCGGCUUACCGAUCUUUUCGAUGUCUACCAUGACGAGGUAGACGAGCGUUGGACGACCGCGAUAGGAGAAUUUGACUACGUGAUCAUGUCUUCCGGCCAUUGGCAUUUCCGUGCAUCAAUCUACUACAAAAACCGGACAAUCGUCGGUUGCCAUUUUUGCCAAUUACCAAACAUAACUGAUCUCACACUUCUUUAUGGAUAUAGAAGAGCGUUUAGAACUGCGUUUGAUGCGUUCCUGACCUUGGAAAACUUCAAAGGGGUACUCUACUUACGGACUUUUGCGCCAUCGCAUUAUGAAGGCGCGUUAUGGAAUGAAGGAGGAGAUUGUUUGAGGAAACAACCUCAUCAGAGAAACGCGACUCAAGAUGAAAUGACAGUGAAGCUACACAAGAUUCAGCUGGAAGAGUUUUGGAGAGCUGAAAAAGAAGCAAAGAAGAAAGGGAUGAGGUUAAGACUACUAGAUACGACCCAAGCAAUGUGGCUUAGACCAGAUGGUCACUCGGGCCGCUACGGCCAUCUACCUGAAGCCAGUGGCAGGAGCGACUGUGUCCAUUGGUGCUUGCCCGGUCCUAUUGAUAUCCUCAAUGACUUCUUACUCGCUAUGAUAGAGAGAGAACAAGACAAAGGAUCAUUGGCUCAAGUUCUGUAA